AUGCUGUUCCAUAUGAGUGUCACUUUGUGCUCGUUGGUAGCCAGCGGCACAGCAGAUAGCGUUGGCAGACGAAAUGCAGGCAAAGUGAACGUUCCGAGCUUGUCCACUUUGGUAGGCAGCGGCGAGUUGAUCAACGAGGCAAGGCCAGAGAAAUCGUUCGAUUCCAGCGACUGUUGCAAAACGGACCACCACGACGAAAAGUCCACAUGCACGAUUUCCGGAACAGACGUGGUGAGCACCAACGAGCUGGGCACAGAAGGAUGCACAAACCCAGUCACCAGUUCCUUGGACCCAAACAGCAAACAGUCCACGACUCUGGCAACGCCCGUGCUCUGGACAGGGUUCUGGUUCUCGAACGCCAUUGGCUGGUCCUGCUGGUCAAACAGCACGACCAAGGCUUUGUUCAGCAACACAGCAAAUAGAUUAUUUUCCAACGGGAUGAGUUUCAAUGCGUCUUGUUCGUAA